AUUUUCGUCCCUAUAGCAACGGGACGUAGAAGCACAUAUUGGUCGUGCACUUGACAAUCAGCUGUUUGCCCAUUCAAAAUGGCGUUGUGAGUGUGAGGAGACAAAGGAGCUCGAGUGUUUCAGUGCGAAUUUUUCCUGGAAAAGUCCAGUUUUUGUGCGUUUGCUUAGCUGGGAAAGCCAUCUUGUGAAUUGGAAAGGAAAAUGUUAGGACUUGAAGUCGUGCCAGAGCGUUCCUUAGGCUGUGAACAAUGGGAGUUUAUUUUAGGCAUGCAUUUUUCCCAAGCCGUUGCCAUUAUCCAAGCCCAAAUAGGCACCAUUAAGGGUGUGCAAGUGCUCUACAAUGACGCGAAGCCACUGGAAAUUGACUUGGUCAUCAAUCUGCCCCAGGACGGCAUCAGACUGUUCUUCGACCCGAUAUCCCAAAGAUUGAAAAUUAUCCUCAUUUACAACAUGAAGUUAAUCAAGCUCAAGUACUGUGGACUGGCCUUUAACUCACCUGAACUGCUGCCUUCAAUCGAGCAAAUAGAGCACUCCUUUGGCGCAACUCAUCCGGGCGAGUACGACUCGGAAAAGCAGGUUUUCACAUUGAAUUUCCGCGGACUGAGCUUUUACUUCCCAGUGGAGUCCAAGUUCCAAAAGGGCAGCACUCACAACUUGGCGUCGCUCCAGUUCCCGCCAGGCAGCAGCCCUGUGGUGUCUCGCAUGGCCAUCUAUUCGGGCUCCAGUGUGGAUAGCGCUCCGGCCCCCGAUUUGCCCCUGUCCUGCUAUCAGGGACAGCUCUACAUGAAGAGGGCGGAGAUUCUGAGAGGCGACGGCUACACCAAAGGCAUCAAGCUGGACUUGCUGGCUGGCACAAACAACCGGAUUAUUGACUCAACUAUCCUGCGUAUCGAGCGCAAGAUUCUCCUAGGCCAGUCGGCGCAGGAUAUUUCCUCUGCCAUCGGCGCCCCUUCAAAAGUCUUCUACAAAAGCGAGGACAAGAUGAGAAUACACGCCUCCAACGCCCUUAGACGCGUUUCCUCCAAUAGGAGCGAUUACUUUUUCAAUUACUUCACCCUUGGGUUGGAUGUGCUGUUCGAUGCGCGAACUCACCUAGCGAAGAAGUUCGUGCUCCACACUAACUACCCUGGCCAUUACAAUUUCAACAUGUACCUGCGAUGCGAGUUCGAGUUGCCAUUGGAUGGGGCCACUGUGGUGGGCGCGUACUCGAACUGGAGCGAAGUGUGCAAGAAGUUGACGCCCAGCGAGCGCCCAGUGGUUCUCAAUAGAGCCAGUUCCACCAACACGACGAACCCCUUCGGGAGCACGCUGUGUUAUGGGUAUCAAGACAUUAUUUUUGAGGUGAUGCCUAAUCACUACAUCGCCUCACUCAGCAUGUAUGGGGAUGGUAGACCUAGUCAACACCAGCUAUCGCAACAGGCGUGACAGAGGCUGUCCGCCACUUACCUCAUUCUGGAGAACAGGUACUGGCAGCCGAGGAAAGAGCUGGCCUACUAACAGUGAGGCCUCAUUCCUCCAAUAUCCACCAAGCUCUAAUCGUUGAUUGAAUUGCGAUUCUUUGUGCCAGCACACUGUUCCACUUCGCUCCGCCAAGUGUUCGGAAUGAGCUGCGACUGGGCACCGGGAGUUGGCACUGUCAUCAACCCAUCAAGCAAGUUAUAUCGGAAAAACCUCAUAAAAAGCAUAAAAUCAUAUAAAAGUCAUAAAAAAUACGCUUAAUUAUCUAUUUUUUGGUUUUUAGCGUUUAAGUGUGCGAGCGCACCUGCUGGAGCAAUUGUCUUUCACUAGCGGACCAUAAGGGUUUUAUUAGUUUGCGUGCACGUUCUUUACAUAUCACGUGAAUGUGUCAAUUUUCUGUUUGGGAUUUGAAGGUUUUUUUUGUCUAUCUUGCAAUGUUCCAGAAAUUGAUUUUCUAGCUUGUAGUUUCGAGGCCUUUGGACAGUUAUUCGCCACGAGAAGUGGGCUGAAACUUGCCCAAUUGGUCGUUUGAUAUGCUGUGGAUAUAUACUGAGAAAGUUGAGUCGAAUUCUACAGGGCUUUUGAAAAUUUUAACACUUUCUAAAUGGCUAUAGAAAAGGGAAAAAAAAUAUUUUUCCGGCUUGUACUUUCAAACUGUAGAUUCGACUGGAACUUGGCUGAUUGUCACUCGAUUUGAGUCUGUAGUGAGCAAAUUUCCAUAGAUUUCGACUGCUCGUUUGGAAACUGAAUUUUUUUCAAAUCGCUUGCAAAAGACAAGAAUUCCAUUUUCCGGCUUGCAGUUUCAAAGCAUCGCAAAAUUCAUUCCCCGCAUAAAUUCGACUGGAACUUGGCUGAAUUGUCACUCGAGAUGUUGAGUCUGUAGUGAGCAAAUUUCAAUUGAUUUCAACUCCUUGUUUGGAAAGUGAAUUUUGUGUUCACAAAAUAUGUAAAGAACGUCGGUUAAAUGGAAGUGGGCCAGUGUUUUAACUUGAGUGUUCAUUCAGUGCAUUCGUCAGAAUCACAGUAUUCAAAAGACAAUAAUCAGCUUGUAAAUAUAGUAGAACGAUUGCAGAAUCGCCCUCAACAACCCGAAAAUCGAAUAUUUUGGUGUAGACCUGUGAUCUUGCGAAUGCGUCUUUUUUUCAGCAGCGUGCGACUGGAUGUAUUAUUAUUAGCAAAGUGUUUAUGUUUCCUGCUGGGGAAUCUCGUGUAUUUAUACCUUCAGGGUCCUAUGAAGCUCUAGCAGCGCAUCAUUGUUAACUUAUUGUAAACUUAGGCUAAGACAGGACUCGGAUUUGGUUCCAGUAACCAAACUUAUAAAUAAUUAGAUAUUAUAUACAUAUAUUGUUUUGUAUCGAAAAAUGGGAAACGCAUGAUUGUCUAGAGUAAGUUUAAUCAUAUUUUUCUAUAUGAACCUCGAUAGGCAUUUGUCAUUACUACAUAGGAAUAAUACAACCAGAAAAUUUUGGACGUUGUCCAAUUACUGUUACGGAAAUCCUUACCUCAAUAACAAGCACUUUAGCCAAAUAACCUUAGAUAAUUGUUGAAUAACCGCCCCUAAAUCCGACUUUCCUGCAUCCAAAAACAUCUUUUUAAACGUUAGCAGGAUUGUUGCUCUUAAAUAGGUUUCUUAGCAUAGUACUGUGUGGGCAUAUAGUUUAAUAUCAAAUAGAUAAGGCGAUUUUUUAGGUUUUUAAAUGCGGUGGCUUAUUUUCAAUAUUUUCCUUGUUUCGUUACAAGUCCCAUUGCACGUCGUCGAAAACCGUUUUGUUUUUGGAAAUCAAACCUCAUGUUGGUGAUAUUUUUGUUAGAUCUCAUGUAAUCAUCUAAGUUUGUACAUAGUUCGGUCAACAUAAGGAAAACAAAUCGUUUAAUAAAAUUUUUCAACUCA